GAGAGAGAGAGAGAGAGAGAGAGAGACGGAGUGGGAGAAGAAGCGGCUCGCUUCAUUCCGCUGCUUUCUCAGCAUCCGUUCCGUGAGAUCCUCUUCUGGAGAGGAGAGAACAAACUGGAGGAGGAAAAGGGAGAAAAAGAGGGAGGAUAUCGAGGAGAAUAACACAUAAUCAGAGCUCACUGGCAUCCACUACCUGCUUUCACUGCUUCGGCAGAGCUGUCUGAAAGUUUCCGUCCAGGGGGGGGGGAAGCCCUCCCCUCGUUUUGGGGAUGAACAGCGGAUGCUGAAUUUCAUUCCUGAAGGCAGAAGGAGAGCUGUGAAUACCGGCUGGAUUCGCUGCUAGUGCGCACCAGAAGAGAUCCUACAGUGCAUUGGUCUCUUGCACAGGCAUUUUCCAGCAUUUCAUUAUUUCACUGUGCCAAGGUGGAAUAUCGGGGGGUGGGGGAGGCUACCUGGAAGAAAAUCCCCUGAACCAGGGAAGUAAAGGAGAACGGAUUAUGUGGAAAAAUCAAUGAAGGUCAUGCUGUUCAAAAGAGUAAGUUCUCGUCAGAAAAGGCUGUGAAUCGGGCUGAGGUUCUGAGAGACUUGGAGGAUCCUCUUACCAUUUUGGCAUCAACGAGCUCCGGACCCCUCCUCUUGUGGACUAUAGGGUUCUGGAUAAUAUUUCAAGACUGAAUCGCUCUCCCGGCAGGAAGCAGACAUGAUCUUUGCAGUGGUUCCAGUGUGACCCCGGAGUGAUCGACCCGUGAAUAGAGUCACACUGGGGGUUUUCUAAAGGACUUUCUUGCUUCUGUAACAGUCAAUUCGACAUCUGACAUCGGGAAGCCCUGCAGACAGAAGAGCCACAAUAAGGAGAGGCGCAGCAGAAGAAGAGAAUAGGCCAUGGCCGGGGGGAUGAUUGCUUCUGAAAGUGAACCGUGACAGAAUGGUCGACUGUCUGAGCAAAGUCAUGCUGCACACGGUCGUCUCAUGCUGGCAACCGUUCCUGGGACUGGCCCUGGUGGCCGUCUUGGUGGGCUCCACCCAGGCCUGUCCCUCGCGCUGCGAGUGUUCAGCGCAGACCAAGGCGGUCGUCUGUCACCGCAAGCGCAUGCCCAGCAUCCCGGACGGCAUCCCGACCGAGACCAGGGUCCUGGACCUUAGUAAGAACAAGCUGACCAUGAUCAACCCGGACGACUUUUUUGUCUUUCCUGGGCUCGAGGAACUCGACCUCAGUGGAAAUAUUAUUAGUUAUGUUGAGCCCGGAGCUUUCAACGGACUGUUUACGAUGCACUCGCUCAGUCUCAAGAGCAACCGCAUCAAGCUGAUCCCUCUGGGCGUCUUCACAGGCUUAACAAAUCUUACCCGACUGGAUAUAAGUGACAACAAGAUCGUCAUCCUGCUGGAUUACAUGUUCCAGGACUUGCACAAUCUAAAGUAUUUGGAAGUGGGGGACAAUGAUCUGGUUUACAUUUCUCACCGUGCAUUCAGUGGGCUUUUGAGCCUGGAGAUGCUAACCUUAGAAAGGUGUAACCUCACAGUUGUACCCACCGAGGCCCUUUCCCACCUGCAUAACCUGGUCAGCCUCCAUUUACGUUACCUCGGCAUCGGCUCUUUGCUUCCUCACUCGUUCAAAAAACUGUUCCGCCUGCGGAAUUUAGAAAUCGACAACUGGACUUCACUGGACAAUGUGCCGGCCAACGCACUGCACGGCCUGAACCUGUCCGCUCUGUUCAUAACCAACACCAACCUGUCCUCCUUCCCUUACCAAGCCUUGAAGCAUCUACCCUACCUGACGAACCUCAACCUGUCCUUCAACCGCAUCGGGCACAUUGAAGGCAGGAUGCUGGUGGAACUGGUGCGGCUUAAUGAGCUCCAUCUGGUCGGAACUCAGCUAACAACCAUUGAGCCGUAUGCCUUCCAGGGCCUGAGGGGGCUUAAAGUCCUCAACGUCUCUCACAACCGACUGGAUACGCUGGAGAAGCGAGUCUUUCAGUCCCCCGAGGCUCUUGAGGUUCUUCUGAUUGACAACAACCCCUUGGUGUGUGACUGUCGUCUCAUGUGGAUCCUACAGAAAAGGCACUCCAUCUUCUUUGGAGAAUCACAGCCGGAGUGCAGCACACCUGAAGGUAUCCGUGGACGGCCUUUUAAAGAGUUCAAGGAGACUCUCUUGUCUUACUACGUCACGUGCACCAAGCCAAAGAUCCGUGAGAACAAAACACAAGUGAUUACUGUGGACGAGGGCCAGCAGGCGAUGUUGAGCUGCAGUGCCGAAGGAACCCCGAGGCCCCUGGUGUCCUGGCUGUCGCCACGGCGACGGGUCCUGACAAGCAGGAGCCACGGAAGAGUCACUGUCCACAACAACGGAACGCUGGAGAUCAAGUCGGCGGAGGUGCAGGACGGCGGCGUCUACCUGUGCCUCGCCUCAAACAGUGCCGGGAACGACACCCUGAUGACUUCGUUGGCGGUGAAAAGCCUGGGAUCACUGUACGCCAACAGGACCCAGUACUACACCGACCCCAGCAACGCCACCGCCAACGGCACGGCCGGUGUGACCCUCGGCUUGGACCUAAAGACCAUUUUAGUUUCAACCGCCAUGGGGUGUUUCACGUUUCUCGGAGUGGUGUUGUUUUGUUUCCUGCUUCUCUUCGUUUGGAGCAGAGGGAAAGGAAAACAUAAAAACAACAUAGACGUUGAAUACGUGCCUCGGUCAAAGUCCAACGGCACUAAUGUUGACUCUGCGGAGGGACAAGCCGGUCCUCGUCGUUUUAACAUGAAAAUGAUGUGACUUCUUUUAUAAAUCCAAGGUUCUGGAUUGUGGAAACGCCCAAAGUACAAUGUAUUUUUUUGAAAAUCAGACUACUGAACUUCCCACUGCUUCAGGGAGAACGGUAGUGAAAACAUUUUGGGCAUCAAAAUAAGAUUAUCAGUAUGUAAAAUCACUGGAUCUUUACAUAAUGCUUGAAUAUACCGUGUUUCAAAUGAAGAAAGUGGCAGUAGGACGACCUCUGACGACCUCUGACUGCCAGCGGGAGACUUCUCCAACAUGGAUAAGGAGUGAAUACUUUUGCCGCCAUGGGGACCUGAAGGGGUGUCAUAUAUCAGCUUUUUGAAGUUUAUAUGCCCAAAAAAUGGACGCUUCAGUUUUACGUUGGAUCUACAGACUUGGCUGAACAAUGUACAGUAAUAUUUGUAAUUACGCUAUUAACCUACUUUGUUUAGUCUUGCGCCAUGCUUAUUCACUGAACAAGUCAACGAAACAGAUCAACAUUUCCUAUGUUCAAUACUUUGCAUAUGUGUACUUAAUGCUUCAUUGUGUACAUGUGUAUCCAUCCAAAAGAACUAUUCAUAGCAAUAUUCAUGGGAUGCAUUAGCCAAAAUUGAUAUAACCUUCAGACUUUUGAAGUUUUCAUGGAUUCAUGAAGGGCUUCUAUGGGUGAUCACAUGUUCCAGUUUCCCCAACUGACUCCUAGAUAUUAAUAAAUAUAUAUUAUUUAUCAAUGAAAAAAAAAAGAAGAAAAAAGAUUUUAUUCAUGGACAAUGUUGAGCGUUUUACAAAAGUCCUCAAACACUGUUCACUUGAAUGAACAAAGCGGUGACCCCGUAUCGGUUGAAGUACCUACAUGAACCACAUUUUUUGAUUUUUGUCCAUUUUAAUUACCUUAACUGUAAAUUUGCUGGUUGGCAAAGUACAUCUGUCAAUUUUACUACAGUGACAUUUGCAUAACUUUCCAAAGUAUGGAAUUUGGACUUUGUUGUGGUAGUUCCUCAUUUUGUUGUUGAGUCAUUUAGAUUGUGAAAACUUCAAAGUAAAAGUUUAAAAAAAAAUGUAUGUGAAAUAAAUGAAGAUGUAUUUGUA